CUCAAGACGCUGCCGCUGCUUCAAUCAUUCACAAUACACGCACGACAAUGUCCUUGAAACGUGCUCGCGUAGCAACACUAGAGGCCUUCAUCAUCGACACCUUCAUCAGCGUGGACAAGGAUGGCAAGGAGAAGCCACUCGACCAGCCAGAUCAGAUCGGCGGAGCUGGCACAUAUGCCAUUGUCGGCGCCCGCAUCUUCCUCCCACCAUCCCGCCUGGGCAUGAUCGUCGACUACACGCCAGAAACACUGCCAUCGCCCAUGAUCGCCACGCUCGAGGCCUUUGGCAAGGACAUGUGGGCGUUCAGGCAGCGAAAGGACGGGCACGGCACGACGCGCGCCGUCAAUCGUUAUCGCGGCCAGGUGCGCGGGUUCGAGUACCUCACCCACCCAUAUCUCCUCUCGCCGCGCGACCUGCUCGACACGGAGUGGACCGCCCCGCUCCCGUCGUGGAUCCACCUCGUGUCCUUCCCCGACCGCGCAGUACAGGCAAUCGCCGAGAUUGCAGCCAUGAGCGCCGAGACGGAAGGUGGCUGGCACCCGGGGUUCCUUUGGGAGCCCGAGCCCCCGAGCUGCCUGCCUGAAAACCUCGCCUUCAUCGCCAAGAAGAUCGCCCACCAUGUUGAUGUCAUCAGCCCGAACGACACGGAGGCAAUAGCGCUGUAUGGCAUCGACCCUCCUUCCGAAGCUGAAAAGGAACUCGCACUCGAGUACUGCACGCGCCGACUGCUGGCCCUGCGGCCGCGAGUGGCCGCCGUGCUGCGUGCUGGUCCUUUGGGGUGCUGCUACGCGCUGGCCGAGGACUUGCCACAUGAUGUCCAGAUUGACCCGCUCUCGCCACACCCGCCUCAGGUGCCAGUAUACUGGGUACAGCCGUUCUGGAUCAAGGGCAUGACGGGGUGGGACAAGGCGGUCGUCGACCCGACCGGCGCGGGCAACGCCUUCAUGGGAGGGCUCAUGGCGGCGCUCGACGAGGGCAAGGACAUGCACGAGGCGGUUAUCUGGGCAACAGUUGCAGCCAGCUUUGUGAUUGAGCAGCACGGCCUGCCAUCAAUGGUCAAGGUGCUCGGGCGGGAGGUGUGGAACGGCGACUACCCUUGGGAGCGUGUAGAGGCUCUGCAACGACGCAUGGCCACCGGGUUUGCCGCCGUCGUGGGGAUGCAAGACACGCCGACGCGCUCCAUCCUCGAGCCGCGCGUCGACUACCCGCGCAAGCUGCGGGGCACGACGAACCGCGGGCACCGCGCGGCGGGGCAGACGCCGCACGAGGCGUCGCGCUUCAACGCCAUCCUGAGCGGCAUCCUCGACAAGCUGCACGCGACCGAGGCGUCGACGUCCGACUGGGCGUCGGGGUUCAAUCGCGGGCGCGGGGACGCGCGCGGCGGCAGCGGCCUGCCUGCGCCGUUUGCUCAGCAGUCGCCGUCGUCGCUGCCGUUCGAGGCGCCGCAGUUCAAGCGGCGGGCAGAGGACGACGCGUCCCCCGAGCUCCUCGCCGCCGUCGACGAGGCGGUCGAGGAGCUGUCCCUGGUGUCUACCCCCGCCGAGGCGGUCGCAUGGGCCGAGACCAACCUGUUCACCACGAGCACGGAAGACGGGCGCACGGCGUACCCCGCGAUCUAUGGGCGGAUGUUUGCGCGCGUGCUCGCCGCGCUGCGGACGCGGCUGAACGCGCCGCACGUCGCGCUCGCGCUAUUCGAGCACGCGCGCGCGCUCGGCCUCGAGAGCUAUCUCGCCGGGUGCAACACGGCGGCGUACAACGAGCUGCUGGCGACAAGGUGGAACGCGUUCCGCGACCUGCAGGGCGUGUAUGCGGGCGUGCGCGAGAUGGAGGUGAACGCUGUCUUCUGGGACAAGAAGACGGCGGCGAUUGUCGGCGGCGUCGUCGACGAGGUCGGGCGCGAAAUCCUCGGCCGCAGGGGGAGCUCGCACCGCUGGGGAGACGACGCGUACGUCGCCCUCGCGCAGCUCGAGCAGCGUAUCGCCGAGGACACGGUGCGCCAGGAGCGCAUCUUCGACACCAAGCUCCAGGUCAAGCGCCGCGCUGCGGGCGAGCGGAGCGAGUGGCGCGGCGGUAGCGGCGGGCCGGGGUUCGGUCUCGCUGGCGGCAGCCUUGGUAGCGGGGGCGGCGGUCGUCACCGUUCCUCGCGCGACGAGGAGGCGGGCGACUGGGAGUAGGGCACGGCGUGCGCUAGCUAGCUACAUACACAUCUCUGCAUUGCAUUGGCGGG